ACUUCUGAAAACAUAGAACCUUUCCUGAAAACAGUGAAGCGAAUGCCACCCUCCUUCCUGUUCUUACAAAAGGUUUUGGUCACAGCAUUUCCCGCCGUACUGUCUACUCUUAAAAGUUUUUAUUGGGGCUUCCAACUGGUUAUGGAAAACUGACUACUCGGCAUUCAAGCUACAGGAAAAUAAACCCUGCUUCUCCAGAAUAAGAAUUCCCUAUCAGAGGUCCACGAUGGCUGCUCUCGUCACAGAGAAUUUCAAGUUUGUCUCCCUCUUCUUCAAGAGCAAAGAUGUGAUGAUCUUCAAUGGUUUGAUCGCCCUGGGCACUGUGGCCAGCCAGACCAUGUACAACAUCUUCGCUUUCAGCUGCCCAUGCUCUUCUGGUCGUAACUACCGCUAUGGCCUGGCAGCGCUCGGGGUGCCCGCCCUGGCGUUCUUCCUCAUUGGCAUGAUGAUAAACAAGAGCAUGUGGGACCUGGUGUCCGAGUGCAGGCUCAGAAGGUGCUGGAAGCUGUCGGGGGCGUCGGUCUUUGCACUUUUCGGAUCUGUCAUCGGGCGUGCAGCGGUGGCCCCCGUGACGUGGGUGGUGAUCUCUCUUCUCAGGGGGGAGGGCUACGUCUGCGCCCUCAGUGAGUUUAUUGACCCCACGACCUUGGAGGGCUUCCCGUCGGGACAGGCGUCAGAGGUCAUAGCCACGUUCCCUUGUGAGGGGAGUGUCCCUCCAGAACUACAACACUUCCGGAGUGAAAUAGAGCGUAGGCUGAAGUAUGAGUCUCAGUUGUUAGGCUGGCUGCUGGUGGCAGCCAUGGCGCUGGCUGUGUUCGCAAUGCUGUGCGCAAAGCGCUGCUGCUCUCCCCUGGGCUACCAGCAGGAGGCCUACUGGUCCCAGUUUCGCUCCUGUGAGAACGACCUCUUCCAGCGCACGGCCCAGGCGCAUGCCCUCCUCCACGCUGCCCAGAGCGUGAAGAGUUUCUUUGGCUUUGUGGCGCUGGAGAAGAACGAGAAAGAGCUGCUCCUGGAGAACCAGGCCGCCAACCCUGUCUCUAGUACGGAGUGGAACAGAGUGACUGGAGUCUAUCUGUACAGAGAGAAGAAUGGGUUGCCUCUUUAUAGCAGACUGAACAAGUGGGCUCAAUAUAAUGUGGACGACAACACUGAGGAGAUGGACAAAGAGAUGGACACCCUCAGUUGACUGUCAAUGGACAGUCCAGUGUUCUUGAACACUGGCGAUAGGGAACCAUGUCGUGUGGUGGCUUUGGUUCCAGUCCAGUGUUAACACUAUUGAUAAUUAGGCCUUGCCAAUGGGUAUUUGUGUUAGCUAACAGUGGACUGGAACGGAAGCUUACACUCCUUGAGAAUUCAGUAUACUUGCUGUUUAUUUAAGUAUUCUAAUCAUGUCCUCAUGCAUGUAUAGUGAAAGAUUCCACUGGAUCUAUACCGCUCAGGAGUAAAUUAGUAUGCAUUAUGUGUUUAUACAUUAUCUUGUUUACAUGUAUUCGCUGCUCUUUCUAUCUGUCCCAAAGUUGUCCAACAUAAGGUGAAAUAAUUAUUUAUGAAAU